AAUUUUUGAAGAACCUAAGACUCUCAAAGAUAAGACUACAAACAAAGAUAAGAAUACAAAAGAUACAAAUAUUCAAGCUAUAAAAUCCGACGAUAAUGAGAAAGAUAAAAAUAUUAAAAAGAAAAAGGAAGAUGAGGAUAAUAAGCUUUUUUUAUUACGAUAUCCGCACCAAUCUGAUUUUCGCCAAGGCUUAAUAAAAGACUCUAUGCGAACUCAAAGACGUAAAAUAGUUAUUGAGGGACUUUUUAAAGCAAAUGCGCAUUCCCCUCUUUUUUUUGACAGGAUGAGGAAAAAAAACCUUUUUUUCUCUACCAUACCUGGCUCAACUGAAACGGCUUUUUAGAAAAUGGUCAUCCAUAAAAGAGUUUGGGAUUUUAGAAUCUACAGAGGAAAAAAAAAUAAUAAUAAAAAGAGAAACCAAAAAGGAAAAAAAACGACGAGAGGAAAUAGAACGGUUAGAGAUAGGGGAAGCCUGGGAGACUUUUCCAUAUACCCAAAUAAUAAGAGGUUUUUUAUUAAUAACCCAAUCAAUUCUCAGAAAAAAGAUUCUAUUACCUUCAUUCAUAAUCGGUAAAAAUAUCGGGCGUAUGCUACUAUUUCAAACUCCUGAAUGGUCUGAAGAUUUAAAGGGAUGGAAUAGAGAAACGCAUGUGAAGUGUACUUAUAAUGGUAUUCCGUUAGCUGACAAAAAAUUUCCGGAAAAUUGGUUGACAGAAGGUAUUCAAAUCAAAAUUUUAUUUCCUUUCUGUCUCAAACCUUGGCACGAAUAUAAAUCGCUAAAUUCUCGUGAUGACUUUUGUUUUUUAACAGUUUGGGGAAGGGAAACAGAACACCCUUUUGGUCAUCCACGACAAAAACCUUCGUUUUUUAAGCCUGUUUUUAAGGAACUUUACAAAUUUGUAAAAGUAAAAAUUAAAUUUUUAAAAAAGUUUUCAAAAAAAACACAAGUUCAAAAGAAACAAGAACAAUACACCGAGUGUAAUAAAAAAUGAAAAAGAUGAUCUAAUAAAUAACCAGAUAAUGAAUCAACCCUUGAGUAAAAUUGAAAAAAUUACAGAUUGGAAAAAUUAUUCACCGAUAGACAAAAUGCAGGCUAUCACUCAUAGGACAAGUACAAUUAAAAAAAAACUAGAAAGAAUUACGGAAGAUAAGAAAAGGGUCACUCUAGAACUUGAUAUGAACCCUUACAAAAAAAGUUCGAGAUUAGCCUUGUCAAAAAAUUUUUGUCAAAUGUUGAAAAAAAAAAAAAAUAGAUAAUAUAUAAAUUUAAUUAUUUAUAAAAUUAUUUAUUCAAAGAAUAUCUAAUUGUAUUUUUUUAUAUACUAUAUCUAUUUGCCAAAUGACUCAAAAAGUCUUUGUGGAAUCAACAAAAAUGAACUCUCUUUCAAAUUCAAAUAUAAAAACGCAUAAUAAUAAGCUUUAUAAGGAAAAUUCAGAGAGUUUUGGUGAUUUAUCCAACUUGUCACAAGCAUAUGUAUUGUACAAAAUAUCAGAAAGGGGUUUUUUGAACGUACGUAAUUUCAUAUCUGUUCUUCAACAAAAUGGAACAUCUUUCUUGAUUAAAAAGAAAAUAAAAGACUCAUUUCAUACACAAGGAAUACUUCCAUCUGAAGGAAUAAAAAAACAACUUAAGCGGCCUAGAACGAGUCAAUGGAAAUUUUGGUUAAAAGGGAAUUCUCACUACGAUUUAUCUCCUAAUUUCUGGUCUGCCUUAAGAUCACAAAAACAAAAAUGGAGAAAUAGGGCGAAUCGCUAUCGUAGGUCUAAACAAAAAUAUUUAGACAAAAGGACUUCCGGUAAAAAAUUAAAAUUAAAUACUUACAGGAAACAAAAGGAUGCUAACUCAGUCUUGAAUAAAAAAAACAAAAGAUAAUUUAAAAAAAUGCUAUCGAUAUGAUCUUUUAGCAUAUCAAUACAUUCAGUAUGAAAAAAAUAGUGGAACCCCUCCAGGAGCUAAACGGGAAGCAAUUUCUUAUCAUUACAAGAUGUCACAAAACAACUUGUUUGCGAUAACGAAAAAUAUUCCUAUCACUAGUUUCAGAGGAAAAAUAGAAAGGUUAAAUAUUCCAUAUCCAAAAAAAGAUGUCGAUAGAAAAUAUUUGAAUUGGAAAAAUAUUGAUUUUUCUCUUAAAAAAAAAAGCGAAUAUUGAGUCCUGGAUCACGGGUAAUUAUAACAAUACUCAAAAUACUCCAAUUUUCACUUACAAUUAUCAAUUAAUUGAUAAAAUGGAAGAAAUUUUUGAAAAUUGAGCAAAUUUUUAAAAACGAAAAAGAUCCUUUUGCUCUUUUGAUUCAGAAAAAUACCGAAAUGAAUCGACUCCAUUCUAGAAAUUCUUUAUUGGAUUGGAUGGGACUGAAUGAAGAAAUACUCGACCGUCCAUUAACGGCUGAGGAACUUUUGGUUUUCCCAGAAUUUGUGUGGUUUGUUAAUUUAUAUAAACUGAAACCAUGGAUUAUACCAAGCGAAUCACUUAUUUCAAAUUUGAAUCUUAAUGAAAUGACAAGUCAAAAGACC